AUGACAGCAAAUAUCCUACAAAUGGAAUUGCAAAAUUUCACUCAUGCUGAGGCAUUGUCAUGUGUGCUAUGGAAAAUGGCGCAAAGUUUAUUUGUAUUAAUCAUUUUACCAUCCCUACAAAUGUGUUGUCGAAAGAAGAAACGUAAAACGAAAAAGACCGAUGAAACGACAACAAUGCCAGCACAAAUUUCAAAUGAAACAACUGGUACUGCUACAAGAACCGCUAUAGAAGCAAAUCAACGAAAGACUGGGAAAAAAGCAAACAAUAAAAUUGAAAAUGCGAAAACGAUUCAGAGGAAAGAAGAGCAACGAAUAGAUGAUCCAACUCAAAUGGAAGGAUCUGAUGAAAGUGAUCGAGGUAAUGUUUGCAACUUUUAUGAAGAAAAAAAAAAUGAUGCCAUUGCUGGUAAUGUUAUCUUUUGA